UAUAAGAAACUUCCCUAAAGUAAAAGGAGUUCGGUUAAAUUCAAUUAAAAUUUGGUAUCUGGUGAGUAGAUGAAAGAUAUCAAAACUUAUCACAAGUCGAGAUAGAGGAUGGAAUAAGUUGGAGGCUAGGAUAAGUAAAAAUGUGUGAUAUUAGGAAUGAUAAGUAGGAUUGGGGGCCCGAUCCGGCCCGGUUCGAAAGAUCGAGUCGGGCAUCGAAUUUUGGCCCGAAAAAGACUCGGUCGACCCGACCCGAAAAAAAUGAGUCCAGAAAAGAAUAACUCGAACGUCGGCCCGACUCGAAAACCCCAACCCUAAUGAUAAGGCUAGAGAGAGUGUGAUAAAUAUAGGUGUGAUAUAAGCUGAAGGCUAGGGAUAAGAAAAAUGUGUGUGCGUUCUUGGAAUGAUAAUGAUAGUAUGAAAGGCUGGGAUAAGCGAG